ACACCAUUAUCGCUGUAUCCAAAUAUGGAUACCAAUUCGUUAACAAAUACAAUGGCGAGACUUGAUUCAUUUUUAUCAUUAGCUGAUACAGAUAUGUUUAAAUUACAAGGUCAUCCACAACCAUUGGUGAAAAAAGUUAAUCGAAGAGUAAUGAAGAUGUUUGUUGAAGCUUAUAGAAGAAUUAGUGAUGCUAUAAAAGAUCCGAAGAAUAGAUACGGAUUUCCUGCAACUAUUCUGGCUAGAACUGUCGAUGAAGUUGAAAAUCUUUUAAUGAUUGAUUGA